AGGACGUUGACUUAAUGCGCGUGUACUUCCAUUUAUUCCACGUGCAAGGUGCUGUCAGUAUAUGUUUAUUGCCGCAAUUUAUUUACCGAAGCUACCGUCGGAAGUGGAUGCGAAAGAAACGGAUGUCAUCGUCUGAAAGAGUAAUGGCGUCCAUAGGGGAUACACAAUUUUCAUACUGUCUGCCCGUUGUGUUUCGAUUCGCACAAAAGUAAAACGCGAAGUUUUUGCCAGUAUUUCACCGACGUAAUAACGCAAAUAAUACUUUCGUGUGCUUCAUUUUAUUACUUGGAAAAUAUUUUUUUCUUUUUACAUGAAUGGUGGAAACAAGUGACAUCGUGUAAAUAUCGUAAAUUCAAAGAAAAGAAAAGAGAAAAAAAAACGCGAGAAGAAACAUUGAAUCUUUCGUUUUUGGCUUGCUCCUUCAUUUGCGCAGUUGUGCAAAGACGUGGGCACGUGGCGAUAAUUAGUGGAACAAAGAGGAAGAAUGGAACGGAAAAGAAAGGCGUGUUUCAUUACGGAACCACCCAGUCAGACUCAUCAGUAGAACUUCUGCUGGCGACCACUGUUGGCUCUAGCUGCACGGGACGUUAGAGCGUAUAGGAAGAGAAACUGGAGUGACUACUAGCGACAUAGUUGUUAGACAUCUGGCGGUGGCGGGCUGAACUGCCGCCACUCGCUCGGUCCACGCACGUUCGGGAGAUGUGACAAGCGUUUCGCAGUGCAACAUCAUCGACGGAUAUUUGUUCACAAUUAAUGAGCAGAAUUCACAACUGCUGUUAUGUCUGCAAAUACUCAAUUUGCAAAUCCCCCGCCGGCCAUAAGUUUACCUAAUAUGUCUGUGCCACCUCCUACAACUCCAAAUUUGUCAGCUCCACCACCUAAUUUGACUACCAUAAACACAUCUGGAAGUUACCAACAUCGAUACACCAACCACAGAGAUGGAGCAAGGGGUUUCUUUAAACCAUUCAGACCUUAUCAUGCACCUAAAAUUGUUGCGGCUGGUCAAGAUACACUACAAGAUGAAUUUGAUGGGAAAAGACUUAGAAAAUCUGUUAUGCGCAAAACUGUGGACUAUAAUUCUGCUAUUAUAAAGAGUUUGGAGAAUCGAGUAUGGCAGAGAGAUUAUAGAGAUAGACGUGCCCUUCAACCAGAUGUGAUGUAUUAUCCUGAUCUACUUCCACCACCCAGUUAUGUUGAUAAUCCAAUAAAUGCAGUUACUACAAGAUUUGUAAAGACUGCAACAAAUAAAAUGCGUUGUCCUAUAUUUUGUAUGGCUUGGACACCAGAGGGAAGGCGUCUUGUCACUGGUGCAUCCAGUGGGGAAUUCACCUUAUGGAAUGGUCUUACCUUUAAUUUUGAAACUAUUCUACAGGCACAUGAUAGUCCAGUGAGAACAAUGGUGUGGUCACACAAUGAGAGUUGGAUGGUCACGGGAGAUCAUGCAGGCUAUGUGAAGUAUUGGCAGAGCAAUAUGAACAACGUCAAGAUGUUUCAGGCGCACAAAGAAGCGAUUAGAGGACUCAGUUUCAGUCCAACGGAUCACAAAUUGGCAACAUGCAGUGAUGAUGGAACAGUCAGAAUUUGGGACUUUCUUCGAUGUCAUGAAGAACGAAUUCUCAGGGGUCAUGGAGCUGAUGUGAAGUGUGUACACUGGCAUCCACAAAAAAGUCUAGUCAUCUCUGGAAGCAAAGACAAUCAGCAACCAGUGAAAUUAUGGGAUCCAAAAACUGGUCAGUCUCUUGCAACGUUACAUGCACAUAAGUCAACAGUUAUGGAUGUUAAAUGGAAUGAAAAUGGAAAUUGGCUAGUAACCGCAUCACGGGACCAUUUGCUCAAGUUGUUUGAUCUUCGAAAUUUAAGUCAAGAAGUUCAAACAUUUCGUGGUCACAAAAAAGAAGCUUCUAGCGUCGCAUGGCAUCCAAGUCACGAGGGUCUAUUUUGUAGCGGUGGUAGCGACGGAGCUAUUUUAUUUUGGCACGUUGGAGCUGACAAGGAAGUGGGCGCGAUUGAACAAGCUCAUGACAGCAUAGUCUGGACAUUAGCUUGGCAUCCGUUGGGACAUAUUUUGUGUUCCGGUAGCAACGAUCACACUUCAAAGUUUUGGACGCGGAACAGACCUGGUGAUUUAAUGAGGGACAAGUAUAAUCUCAAUACCUUGCCAGCAGGAUCGGCUGGUGUUGAUGAUCAUGAAAUUGCUGAUGAAGCAGCUGUAAUACCUGGUAUGGGACCAGAAGACAGAAUCAAUGCCGAUGGCGAGCCAGAAGAUAAAAGUGGAGGUAUUCCUGGUUUGGACUUGGAUCAUGCAGUCGAUGAAGGAAAGAAAUUUGCUAAUAAAAAAGUCCCAUAUAGCAAACCGAUUCCAAGGAAUUUUCAAGCUCAAUGGAACGAGAUGGAGGCUGAAGAUAUGGAGCAGGUAGAAGCAUUAAAUGCAUUUGUGAAUCAAUUGAUUGAAACUACGCCAGGAGCAGUGCCGUUGAAUGAAGUGACGCCUAAUGGUAUUAUACUAUACGGAAAAAUGAUUCCUGUCGAACCUGGCUCGAAGUUAGCAGAAGCAAUCAGCAAAGGGAACGAUGCCAUAAAUAAACUAGUAUUCUCUGGAGAAAUAGAGGAGUUACGCGACGUUGUGGGUCCACCGGAUAACAUGGACGAUUCUGAAGAAUAUUUGCAAGACGACGGCGAAAUCGAUUAUUCCAAAGUCCCCGACAUCGAACUUCCUCCGCCUUUGCCCAGUUCCAAGUUUGCACAGAAUCCUGAACUGCUGAAAGCGUUGAACCGCGGUGGAAAACGGAAAUUUGAUCAACUGAUCGGUUGGAGCGACGGUGGAGCCAGUGAUAGAACGUCGAAGAUUCACCAACCGGUCUUUGGUGGAGUGAUGACGGAGGACUCGCAAUCGAGCGAUACCGACUUGAGGUAUACCGGAACAAAAUCGAACCAAAACUCCAACGAGAGCAACUCUUUCCAUAGUGGACACGACGAAGAUCUCAGGAAGCUUCCUCACGGUGAAAACACCCGAAAUGCGAAUCGCGAUGAGGACUUACGGUUUAACAUAUCCAGCGGACCGGGAAGGCCUAGUUCUCGUUCCGAUUACGACGUAAGAAGUAAUUACGCGGAUAAGGAUUUCAGAGGUCCACACGGAUUUUCUUUGAAGAAACCUUUGGACAACGAUAUUUACGAGGACAGGGACCGGGAUGGUAAUUCGCGGUGGGACGACGAGAAGUCGAUGAACGAUGGCUCCAGAAAAGGAGACAGUGGUUUUUCAGGGAACUUUGACAAACGCGACAACAUGCCGUUGGGCAUAGUCUCUGGCAUAAGUAACAGCAUACCUCAUUUAGGCAACAGCAUAUCUCACAUGUCGAGCCACCACAAUAUGCAGAAUAUUAAUCCCAACAUGACCCCCCCGAUUCCAAGUUUAGUGCCACAUCCGAACAUGUCUCAGCAUCCUAUGCAGAAUAAACCGUUGCACCCUGGUAUGCAAGGAAUUGACACUCCCAUGCAUAUGAUGCACCAUCCUAACAUGCAUCCCGGCUUUGGCCCUAAUGGGCCGCCACCCGGCAACUUCGGCCCUAACUUUAGACCGCCGAAUGGCAACUUCGGACCAAAUCAACAUUUUAGACCGAGCCCGUUGCCUCCGUUCGGACCAAACCAAGGACCAUUCGGUAACAACUUUCAAGGUCUGCCGAAUUUUCGCGGGCCAAACUCUGGCCCGCCAAAUUUCGACCGACCGGGUUUCGGCCCCGGUUUCCGUGGUCAAAACCCCGGCCAGAAUCCGCCGAAUAAUUUCAACUCGAACUUUGGUAAUUUCGGAAAUAAACUUGGUCCUAAUCGCGGUAUGAACCGAGGUCCCAACGACAAUAACAUGGGAAGAAUGGGAAGAAGCGGGUACAACAACCGCGGCAGGGGACGCGACGGCGAUCAACCACGAGGAAUUCGAGGAAGAGAUAAUUAUUAAGAAGUGAUUAUUAACGGAACGGAAGUGUUUGUAUGUUAUGUGUACGUUAACAUACUGCCGUUCGUCCAUGCCAGUUCUACUCGUGCUGGAUUGUACAGUUGAUCGAUAACAAAUUCUACAUAGGAUGGUGGUAACCUGUGAAAGCAUUGCGAGUGUAAAAUCGACGAUCCAUGUCGGAAACGUUGCGAGCCAUUUUAUACUCAGCGUUAGAAGGAAAAAUUCGGAAACGAGCGUUCGAAAAUCUAGCGUGCUUGAAUGAAAGUAUAUAUUUUCUUUUCUCCGAUGGGACUUUAUUUGGUGAGAGAACAACGUCCGUUCCCCUCUCCCCUUUCCUCCCCCCUCCCCCAGAAAAAGCGACUGAUUAUCAAUACUACAGAUGGCUAGAUUUCUAAAUAUUGCGAAUGAAUUCGUGUCGAAUGCAACUACAACCUCUUUUAUCCCCGGCUCGUGAUACGCGUAUAGUAUCCAAGCGUGGCGAAUCUAUGUCGCGGAUAUUGUAAUAUAUAAAGUAUAAUCAAUAAUACACCGAUGUAAUUUCGAUUUGAAAAGGAAAAAAAAAAAAAGAAAAAAAAGGAAAAUGGACUUAAAAAAAAAAAAAAGGAAAAAACAACUGUUCACAAGCUGCCUUGCGAAAGAAUUUUUCUUGUUCCGAAAGAUUUCGAGAAUUGAGCGCGCUGGAGUAGAAUAGAGAAGCAUGUGAAGCAUGUUGAACGUUUCAUAAUUGUUGCUGGUCGUCGAGAGAACUGUGAACCAGAACAGUUUACCUAUCAAUUAUUAAUAAAAAUGAAUUAAGAUGCAAAA